AUGGGAUCUUUAUACAGAAGUGAGGAAAUGACCCUGUGCCAACUUUUCUUGCAGGCUGAAGCGGCCUACGCGUGUGUCUCGGAACUGGGAGAACUCGGAUUAGUGCAAUUUAGAGAUCUAAAUCCGGACAUCAACGCGUUUCAAAGAAAAUUUGUAAACGAAGUCAGACGAUGCGAGGAGAUGGAUCGGAAGUUAAGGUUUUUGGAGAAGGAAAUCAAGAAAGAUGGGAUUCCCAUUCUGGAUACGGGUGACAGUCCGGACGCUCCAGCUCCCAGGGAGAUGAUUGAUCUCGAAUCCACUUUCGAAAAACUGGAGAACGAGAUGAAAGAAGUUAAUGCGAACACGGAGGCUCUCAAGAGGAAUUUUCUUGACUUGACUGAACUCAAGCAAAUCCUCAAAAACGCCCAAACCUUUUUUGCCGAGGCUAUGACUGAUCAAGCACUAAGCGAAGACGCCAGCGUUUUGUUGAGCGAGGAAAAAACAGCAGCCACUUCGGGGCAGCCACAGAGAUUAGGAUUUGUAGCGGGGGUGAUAUUAAGGGAGAGGGUGCCGGCCUUUGAACGGCUUCUCUGGAGGGCAUGUAGAGGUAACGUUUUUCUCAAGUUGGCCGAGGUGGAUGGGCCCUUGGAAGACCCUGUGACGGGUGACCAGGUUAACAAAUCGGUCUUCAUCAUCUUCUUCCAGGGUGACCAAUUAAAAGCCAGGGUCAUCAAAAUUUGCGAAGGUUUUCGGGCCACACUUUACCCGUGCCCCGAGACGCAAGUGGAACGUAAGGAGAUGUCAGCAGGGGUCAUGGCCAGGAUCGAAGACCUUAACACAGUCUUGAGUCAGACGCAAGACCAUAGGACUCGAGUUCUCAUAACAGCCGCUAAAAAUAUCAAAGUGUGGUUCAUAAAGGUACGCAAGAUCAAAUCCAUCUACCACACUCUGAACAUGCUGAACAUCGAUGUGACUCAGAAAUGCUUGAUCAGCGAGUGCUGGUGCCCCGUUAAAGAUUUGGAAAAGAUACAGAUGGCGCUAACUAGAGGAACGGAACGUAGCGGCAGCAGCGUUCCCUCGAUCCUGAACCGCAUGGAGACCAGCCAGCAGCCUCCCACUUACAACUGCACGAACAAGUUCACUGAGGUUUUCCAGUCUGUUGUAGAUUCAUACGGUGUAUCAACCUACCUGGAGAUUAACCCAGCUCCAUUCACCAUCAUCAGCUUCCCAUUCCUGUUCUCACUGAUGUUCGGUGACGCUGGGCAUGGUCUGGUGAUGCUGAUGGUUGCACUCUGGAUGGUUCUCUUUGAAAAGAGGUUGAUGAAACAAAAGACCGAUAAUGAGAUAUGGAACAUAUUCUUUGGUGGCCGAUACAUCAUCUUACUGAUGGGAGCUUUCUCAGUCUAUUCCGGUCUCAUGUAUAACGACUGUCUCUCCAAAUCCAUCAACAUAUUUGGGUCGAAGUGGAAGCCUGGCCCAGAUAAAUACGAUACCGAAUUCCUCCACAAGAAUCCACAUAGCACUCUCGAUCCCACCAACAACACGGACUACACCGGAUAUCCCUAUCCUUUUGGCAUGGACCCCAUAUGGAUGGUGGCGUCGAAUAAAAUCACCUGGUUAAAUUCCUACAAGAUGAAGAUCAGUGUGGUAUUUGGAGUGGGACAGAUGAUCUUUGGUCUAAUUCUCAGUCUGCAGAACCACAGAUUCCGCAAGGACUCGCUGUCAAUAAUUUGCGAAUUUCUACCACAAAUGAUCUUCAUACUUUGUAUCUUUGGCUACCUCAUCAUACUCAUCCUCUACAAGUUCAUUAACAUCGAUGCUUCACAGGCUGCCUGCGCUCCCAGCUUGCUGAUUGGUCUGAUCAACAUGUUCCUGAUGAAUUAUCCUGAAGAGCCUUGCAGCGCAAAGGAAUUUUAUUCUGGGCAGAAAGGCUUCCAGAUUUUUCUGUUGCUAGUGGCUGUGGCUUGCGUUCCCUGGCUCCUAAUUGCCAAACCUGUGAUGUUGAAAAGGAGAAAUGACGCGAAGAAUAAUAAGGGAAAUAAGUUACCGUUUGAACACAAACUGGAAGAUGGCCUUGAUGUCAACGCUACCAAAGAUCAUGAAGAAGAAUUUAACAUGGGAGAGAUAAUUGUCCACCAGUGCAUUCACACCAUCGAGUAUUGCCUGGGCUGUAUUUCUCACACGGCUUCCUACUUGAGAUUGUGGGCUCUCAGUUUGGCACACGCUGAACUCUCCGAAGUCCUAUGGAACAUGAUCUUCAGAGUAGCGUUGAAAAUGAGUGGAUGGCCGGGAACGGUGGCCACCUUUCUUUUAUUUGCUCCCUGGGCUUUUUUAACGAUAACGAUAUUGCUACUUAUGGAAGGGCUGUCCGCAUUUCUGCAUACACUGAGAUUGCAUUGGGUUGAAUUCCAGAGCAAGUUCUACCAGGGGGAUGGCUACCUUUUCGAGCCAUUUUCUUUCGACAAAAUAAUCGAGAUAGACAUAAAAAAAUAAUUAUAAUAUUAAUAAUUAUAUUU